UAAUUUGAAAAACUAGGGUUUUUCAGAUAACUACAAAGCCCCGCUUCACUUUCGCUUCUCUUUCUCGGAAACCCUAGCGUCUACGUGGAGGUUUGGACUCGCGAAGCGGAGAGAAGCUUAGAAUCCUUUCUCGGCAAAAAUGGGGAUUUCUCGUGAUUCGAUGCACAAGAGGCGUGCCACUGGUGGCAAGAAGAAGGCAUGGAGGAAGAAGAGAAAGUAUGAGCUUGGAAGGCAGCCUGCAAACACAAAACUGUCUAGCAACAAGACAGUCAGGAGAAUUAGGGUCAGAGGUGGAAAUGUGAAGUGGCGUGCUUUGAGGCUUGAUACUGGCAACUACUCAUGGGGUAGUGAGGCUGUUACUCGGAAGACCAGAAUUCUUGAUGUGGUGUACAAUGCAUCUAACAAUGAGCUUGUCCGUACUCAAACAUUGGUGAAGAGUGCCAUUGUUCAGGUUGAUGCUGCACCAUUCAAGCAGUGGUAUCUUCAGCACUAUGGAGUUGACAUUGGUCGCAAGAAGAAAACUGCAGCUACCAAGAAAGAAGGAGAGGAAGGUGAAGCUGCUACUGAGGAAGCGAAGAAGAGUAACCAUGUCUUGAGAAAGCUGGAGAAGAGACAGCAGACUCGCAAGCUUGAUCCUCAUAUUGAAGACCAAUUUGGUGGUGGUCGUCUAUUAGCUUGUAUCUCAUCCCGCCCUGGUCAGUGUGGCCGUGCUGAUGGAUACAUCUUGGAGGGUAAAGAGGUGGAGUUCUACAUGAAGAAAAUCCAGAGGAAGAAGGGGAAGGGAGCUGGUGCUGCCUAAAAUUUUGUAAUCUGAAUCUAAUAUUCAGAUUUUAUUCCCAACUUAUUAUUUCCCUUAUAUUUGGACAAUGUAAUUUUUAUGAGAUGAGCAACUAAGCUUUUAUUACCUACUAGUUUUAUUGUUGAAUUCAUAGAAUAGUUAACCAGUUGUGUUUUAAACGAACCUAUUUUAUGGUAAUUUAUACAAUUUAUCAUAUAUGUUCUUUCUGUAA